CCGACAUGCUGUGCAACUUCAGUGGACCCGUGCUGAUCAGAGUGCUCCCUCCGCUGCUGGUCACAGAGUUUGUUCUGGGUCUCGCUGGAAACGGUUUUGCUCUUUUCAUCUUCUGCUUCCACUUGAGGCCCUGGAAAAGCAGCACGGUGCUACUCUUCAACCUGGCAGUGGCUGACUUCAUGCUCAUCAUGGCUCUGCCCCUCCGAGCCAGCUACUACCUGUCAGGGAUCCGCUGGAUUUUCGGUGAGACGAUCUGUAACGUCUGCCUCUUCAUGCUGGCGAUGAACCGCAGCGGGAGCACUUUCUUCCUGAUGGUCAUCGCCCUGGACAGGUACAUGCGUGUGGUGCAUCCCCACCAUCCCGUUAACUCCCUGAGCGUGGGCAAGGCCAUGUUGGGCGCUCUGGUGCUGUGGCUGGUCCCCAUUACAAUGACCGCCCAUGUCUUCUUUCUGCAUCACAUCAACACAACCUACUGCGAAAGCUUCAUGGUGGACACGACCUCCAGAAGAAACCUGUCCUGGCACAAAUUCACAUUUCUCUUCUCUUUCUACAUGCCUCUGCUGGUGAUCCUCUACUGCACCUUCCAAAUCAUCAGCCACCUAAGGAGGAGACAGCUGACCAACCAGACCAAGUUCAAAAAGGCUCUGUACUUCAUCGUGGUGGUGGUGGUGCUCUUCAUCGUCUGCUUCCUCCCCAGCAACAUCACUCUGCUGACCAUGUGGAUCAAGAUGCUCCCAGGAUUCGUCUGUGACGACGUGGAGCAGCUCACCACCGUGUUCUACAUCACCAUCAGUUUGACUUAUCUCAACAGCGUGCUGGACCCCGUGGUCUACUACUUCUCCAGCCCGGCCUUCAAGAACAUCUGCAGGAGAACGCUGCAUCUGCCUCAGUCAGAGACUUGUGAGAGCACGGAAAAGAGAACACGUGAGACGGCGUCCCAGUCGCACAGCCAGCUGUGAUCCGCAAACUCAGAGUUAACAUCUGAUUAAACCGCAUCAAGUUUGAGCAAGAUGAUGCUGUUCUCACUUCCCUUAUAGCCGUUGAAAAUGCGUUAACUGUACUUUUCUUGCACAAGCAUGUCUAUGUAUCACCAUGAAUGCAAUUUUUUAUAUAAUUUCUUUUGUUGUGCAUUUUAUGUGAAAGUUUUGCACUUUUUGUUCACUUUUCUGGUGAACAUCACUUUAAUGAUUGUUUUUUCUUCUCAUGACCUUAUAUGGAAACAAACGUUGUCAAUGAACAGGCAUUGAAUGCAAAUUAAGGUAAUCUGAUAUUUUUGUACAUAUGUCAUCAAAUGUGUGACAUUUGCUGUCUAAAACCAAACAACUGUGACUACUUAAAGAACUACACUGAAUAAGUAGUACAAGUACCUACAGGACAUUGCAUCAAAAGGUUUGGUUUCAUUAAAACGGUCUGUUUCUUGUAGGGUUUUUGCAACCAAAUUAUGUGUCAUCUUUAAGUUUGCUGAACCAUAGAUUAGUUUAAAUACUUUGGUGGAUGGAUGAUAGUAUGGAUUGUAUUUCAGAAUUUAGCUUGUCUUGUACCAGUCAUCAA